GGCAAGCUCCCUGCCAUGACUGAGCUGUUGGAUGCCGUGAGAGGAGGUGUGAGUGUGGAGUUGUGGACUGGUGCAGAUUGAAGCAGUCGGCUGAACUUGCUUGACUAGAUCUCCAUCCUCGUCGUUGUUCACGACUGUGAGAUGUGACUUUGUCACUGUGUGAGUAUGUCGGAUUUUGGAAAGAGAGGCGCGAUGAUGAUAUGCGCAAAUAUUGGUGACGGAGAUGGAUGAGCUUGUAUAAGGAUUCAGGAAAUGAUGAUAGCGAGGGCAUUGCAAUUUUGGUGUCGUUUGAUAAUAUGGGAAUGAGGUUGAUAGUUGCAAAUGAGGUUGAUAGUUGCAAAUGAGGUUGAUAGUUGCAAAUGAGGUGAAGGUGAAGUUACAAGAAUGCUGGAGGAUGUCUCAUAGAAGUGAAGAGGCUACGAUGAAGCAAAAUCGUUUACACUCAUAAAUUGCUCUUGAGGGUUCGACGACAAGAGAUCAUUGAGGAGUCAGUUGGGACGUUGUUUGCCUCUCACCCCCCCCCCCUCCCCCCUCUCUCUCUCUCUCUCUCCCUCUCUCUCUCUCUCCCCCUCCCUCUCUUUGUCUCUGAAUUCGUUGCUGUGAUUAAGACACGCUGUGGGAGUGGUCCGCCUGCAAUAUGUGUGCGCUUCAACCUUCUUGUUGUGAUGUUCAUGAAGCGGGGAGACGGCUCGAGAAUCUCAAUGCGGUCAUGAGUGGUGGACAUGACCUAGGAUCCUACCUCAACGAAUUACGAGCUCAAGGGCAGUCACAAUGCACGAAUAUAUGGUUCAAGGGUGUCAUUGCGUAUCGGUGCCGCACUUGUCAAUUGAAUGAUUCUAGUGCGAUAUGUGUCGAGUGUUUCCAGAACGGCCGGCAUCGGGAUCACGACUAUGUUAUGUACCACAGUGAAUCUGGUGGAUGCUGUGACUGCGGAGAUCAGGCUGCAUGGAAAGAAUCAGGGUUUUGUACGAACCAUCAACGUGUGCGUGUGCUCGAGGCAAAAGUGAAAGAAGAGCUCUUGGAUGCAACACAUGAUGUUGUGCAUUAUGUGCUGAAGGAGCUACUAGCUUGGGUUUUGAAACUCAACGGCAAACAGCGUGAUCUGCAAAGUCCAUGUGCGAAAGGAACGUCCUUGGAGGUAUCAAUGGCCAUGACUUACUUGGAGUGGUCACAUCAGGUCUGUACUGUAGAUGCGUUGCGGGGCAUAAUUUGCAAUGACAUAAUUGAGUAUAAAUUACCAUAUCAGAACAAUAAUCUAUCAUCGCCACUGAACAUCUUGUUGGACUGCUUAGGGUGGAUGCCUGAGAAACUUAUUGAAGCGGAGACUACUUUGAUUUUACAACUAUUGUACCAAAAUGAAUUUAAGUACAAUUUCUUAAAUCAUUUUAGAGGGAAAUACGAGGAAAUGGUUAUUCUUGCUAUCGAAAACCAAGCCUAUAUGAAGAAUUACAAGCACCUUGAUUCCAACUUAGACAGAGUAAUGGUGCAGUUAUUUAAUGAUCCAAAAAUAACCCCUAAUCUUAUUAACGAUUAUAAUUUACUCGAGUUAUUUAUUGGAGUCUUCUCCAAAGUUAUCAAUUUUGCUGCCCAAAAUGACGAAGAAAUUGUCAGUGUUAAGCAUGAUGCUAUCAAAUGCAAGGUCUACCUCCGACCACAGGGUGAUUUGCGGUUGAUCGUUUCACAUGGAAAUACUGCUAUCCAUUUGCUAAAAGAUCAACCUCAACUUUUUCGAAUUCUUCUUGACAUGAUAGCCAAGUUGCAGUGGAUGAAUUCAUAUUGUUAUGAGGGAGACGACGUGUUUGAAAAUUCUUGGACUCUUGCUAUCCAACUCGAGAUGAACAGUAUGGCAAUUAUUUUUCAGCUCAUCUCACGCUGCUAUCAAGAUCCCUCAACCUCUAAAAAUACUCUUGUGACAGCAGCUCAAUAUACACUAAACGCCCUGAAGCAGUAUCUGAAUCAGGAUAAGAGCAUUUUCGAAGAGCAAUUUUACACUUGGCCACCCAGUUAUAAUGAUACGGUUUCAAUUCAUAUACCGCUCCACAGGACGUUAAGUGCAAUUCUUCAGAAAAUUGUGCUCUUACCUUGGAGUGAUCAUGAUAGGGGCUUUCUUUCUGUGCUCUUGCCUCUUGAUUGUUAUGAAAGAGACAAACUCACGAAGGAUGAGGUGCUGCGCCUCAUGGAGCAUCCUCUACGCAUAUUAGUUUGGAUGGCACAGAUUCGUGCGGACAAGUGGCGAAAAACGUCGGAGGAGUUUUCCCGACUUGAGCUUAUUUAUAGGGGGAGUUUUUGGCAUGAUCAGUCAAUGGACAUGGACGUAUUACUUUUACAAUUUUGCACUGUUGCUCUCGACAACAUGGAAGAGACAAUCUUCAUAAAGAUAGCUGAGCAGUUCAAUUUCAAGGAAAUGGCCACAACGCGUUUGACUCCCACAGGGGACCGUCGACCGGCAGACUAUUCUCUCUUGCAGGAUUUCAUGCGAUUAAUUUUGCUGAUUGUGCGUGAGCGCCGCAACUUGGGGAAGACACACUCAGACAUUGUGCAAGAUAAAUGUCUGCAGUAUGAUGUUAUACAAUGGCUGUGUGUUCGUGACCAAACUUACUCUCAGAUUUGUCGUGCUCUGAGCGCGAUCCCCGUGGACCAUCGCAGACUGACAACUGUGUUGGAAAGAGUAGCUAUCUAUCAUGAGCCUAAGGUUGCUGAUCGAGGGUAUUAUCAACUGAAAUCCGAAUAUUGGCAUGAGUUUGAUCCUUUGUUUGCUCACUACUAUCACAGCGAGUUGGAGGAUGCCGAGGAUCGAGCGGUGAAAGUUGGGAAGCUUGAGCAUUACUGGCGGAUUAAAGCACCACCAGUUGCUGAAGCACCAUUUGACCGCCUUUCUAGUCUCCUCCACACAAAGGCCUGUCAUCUGUUUCUGCUGAAUGUAUUAGACGAGGUGAGAUCUUUAGUUCAACGGGACAUCACAGCGACGGCUGGUGAAUCUUUGGGUGUAACUUCGUUGCAAAUGAUGUCAGUUUUAGUGUCCGAUUCACGGGGCAACAUGAGAUGUGACUCGGGUUGCAGGAAUGAUGCUUCAAAGGUUCAAUCACCAGAGGGAAUACAGGAGGAUUUUCCUUCACAGGACAUUGCUACAAACGUUCAUGUUCAGAUUCGAAAGGAUUGUGGUAAUCGAGCUCCAGAUGGAAUGCCUUUGAGCAUCCAUGAGAUGUUACAGGAUUUAAUCCAAGCUAAUCAUUGCUCACGCUUGGUGGACUCUGUCAAUCAUGUUCUUGAACUCCUUUGUCUUUCGACCGGUGAAAAGACACUUGCUGCAGAGGUAAUUCGCUCGCAAAACCUGACGAAUUUUAUCGACUCCCAAGGCGCAGAGGAUAUGCAGCGAAAACUACGGAAAGGACAGCGUCAAAAACAAAUUUUGGAGGAGUUUGCUGCGAAGCGGAAGGCUUUCAUGGAACUUCACGAUAACAGCGGUGACGAUGAUGGGUCUGAAGAUGAAGCCGAGCUGGAAUUCUCCAACACAGCUGGGAAAUCCUCCGCUUGUGAAAUCAACGGUAUUUCUACCUUUGAAACAAUCACAGAAACUGAUUCUAAUGUUGCCUACAUGGCAAUGGACGCGUCUUUUGAGACCAGUGAAUGUGUGCUUUGCAAAAGGAAGAAAGAUGACCAGAAUUCUUCAACGUGCUGGAUUGCUUUAGUUCAGCAUUAUAAUUUCCCAUGCCAGAUGUUGGAAAGAGGGCUGACCGUUGUGAAAGACAGCGAAACUAGUCCUGUUCCUACUUCCCAUCAAUUACACGGAGUUAAAUUAAGUGAUGUAGGCCAGGAUCAGCUGGUUACUAUAGGGUGUCUUGAUGGCAUUACAAAUGAAGCUACCACAAUCGAUUUUUCUACUUAUGAGCAUGUUCAAUGCUGCGGACACAAGAUGCAUUUUGAUUGCUUCCAAGGCCACAUGAAGACUCUUCGCUUAAAUCAUCAUCAAGGAAAUGGUGUUGUAGACCCUUUAAUGGGAGAAUUCUCCUGUCCUACAUGCCGGCGCUUAGCAAAUGUACUUCUACCAGAUGUGGAUGCAUCCCUUUCAACCAGAAAACUUGAAAUGCACGAGGACGGAAAAAGUGCUGAUGAUACAGAAAAGUAUUGGAGCUGGUUCUGGGAAUCCAACGAGAAUCUAAAACUCGCUGUUGAGAAUUUCUGUUGUCCGGUGUUGAGAAUACAAAAGAACUCUCCAUACUCAAACUCCAAUUCGCCAAGUAGGUUCAAACUAUCUCAGGCUCUAUGGGAAAGGUUCGCUCUAAAUGUUGUUCAUUGCGAAGUGGGAACUCGAGAUGGUAAUUUGAAUGGCCAAACAGCGUCAUCGUCUUCAGCACCAAUCAAGCUUCCCUGUGUAUUUACUUGGGGAGGAGAUCCUGCUCAUUGGAUAGCUCUGCGUGAUUUGGGAAGACUAGCCAUACUCUCCAACACCUUGCCUGGUGCAGUGGUAGAGCGAGGUCUUGUGUUGCGGAAGCUAAGGGAAAGCCUUGGAUUACCUGCCCGUAGAGCGUCGUUGCCCGAGUCAGAUACAUGCACAGAGUCUUCACUCGUUUGGAGGAAUGACCUUGAGAAAAUUCUCCAAGAAAUAUUUCCCCGGAAUUCACUCGAUUUCGAAGAACCGUCUUAUCCUCUACUACUGGAGGAUCUGUCAUCCGAUGUUCAAGACUGCCGGGAUGUGGGUAUCAUUUCAAAGGAAAAUUCAGGGUCUUCUCUUACUUCACGUCUUGUAUCUAAGCAAGAAACGGAAUCGAAAGCAUGUAGAAAUAUACCUCCAAUUCGCAGUGCGCUCCAUGAGGGGAACGAAGACAGCAACUUUGUCGAUCAUAAAACUGGUUGUAUGCAUCAUAGUGGGUUAAGUGCUCCGGAUCCUCUUUCCCUUGAUCUUCAACAAAAGCAUGAGAUUAGAUUUGAGGAUGCAAAACUUGAGAGUAGACUCAGAGAAGAAACCAUGAACAGUUCUGGCCAGCUAUGUUAUUCAGAGCAGGACCAAGGCAACGGCCUAGCUCAGGAGAAGCAAAGCACAUGGAUACCUGAUGUCCUGAAAUAUGGUGUUCUCACAGCCGAUCCCUUCAAACUCCUUACCAUAAUGUUGAUUAUCUUUAAUGGACAGCUUGGUAGGAGUGCCUUGCUUUCCAUGGUGAAGUUUGCAUACACUGUUGCGAUUCUGCAGACACAAAUGGCAGUCACUGAGCUAGAUGCUGAAGGUCCUGAGAUGGAGAGCCUUGUACAAAGGGCUUGUCUCCCAUUUUUGCGGAGAGCUGCCAUACUGGUACAAGUAAUCGUGCGAGAGGAUCUUAAAGGACAUGGAUUAUCCGGGACAAAAGUCAUGGAUUUUCGCAGUUUGCAAUUGGCCUUGCAACUUCCAGACUGCUCUGAAAUUUUGCAACCUCACGGGAAUGGAUCAUGGAACACGUUGGCGACUUAUUUGCCUUUCCUCCAUAAUCGUGUUUCUAAAACGUUCACCUUUAAGCUGCGAAAAGUUCCUCUUCAGGCACUGCUUCACAAACUGCCCAGCGUAUUUCAGGAGUUACUACUGGUGAACAUUCACAACAAGAGAAUAUGCGACCAUUGUGGGGAAAUGCCUGCGGAUCCUGCAAUAUGCCUUAUUUGUGGAAUGCUAUUAUGUUGUGGGACUGAGUGCUGCAGAGAAAAUGGAAUGGGAGAAUGUUCUGCACAUGCAGCUAAAGAAUCAGCUGGUGUCGGAAUAUUUCUGUUGCUUCGUUCCACUCAACUUCUACUGCUUCGCAACAAUCGAUCCUGCAUGGGACUCUCGCUGUACUUGGACAUCCAUGGCGAGCCUGCGCAGGAAGACCUUUACUUAAGGAGAAGCCAAUUACUGUUCCUCAGCGAUCUACGGUUGAAUGAGGUGCAACGACUUUGGAUGACAGCAGCUUUCGACUACGACUCGUACAUACUUCGCAACUCUCAAUCAAGACCUAAAGUCUAUUGAGCUCCAUCUGUUCUUAUUACUUAUCGAUUCCAUACAUGUUAUCUACACUAGAGAAUGUCAGGUUUUGAUACCAUGAGUCCAUAAAUUUGGCGAGAACUAAUACACAGAGAUGUCCCCGUUAGCGGAUUUUACGGCACUGUUUCCUGUUCGCCUUGUAAGAGGCAACUGUUUUUCCAACAGAAAGUCUCGUCGAAUAGGUGGUUACAUUCUUUUAGCACAUAUCAGAAUUUGUAAUCAAAGUUUCUCAAGCCUCAGUAAUCAGGACUUGCUACUAAGGCGUAGGCAAGUGUGAGCAGAGUCAACCCUUGUGGUGAGGACGGUUUCGUAAUUGGCUUAACAAUUUUGAACCUCGAACCAAUCUCUGUCCUGAUUACUUCUUUUUACAUUUUUAAUGUAAUUUUUUUGGGUUCA